AUGAAUAAAGACUACUAUUAAAAUAACAACUACUACAAGUAUGGUCACUAGAAUAACAAUUUUAACACCACAAUGAGUCAAACGACUCUUAAAGACUUUGAGGUCAUAUCUAAGUUAGGAGAAGGUUCUUUUUCAUAGGUUUUUUAAGUGAAGAGAAAGUCUGAUGGCAUGAUUUAUGCCAUGAAGAAAGUAAAAAUGGGUUUAUUGAAAGAAAAGGAAAAAGAAAAUGCUCUCAAUGAAGUUCGUAUAUUAGCUUCAUUGAACGACGAAUUUAUAGUCGGGUAUAAAGAAGCAUUCAUAGAUGAAUAGUCCUAAAUUCUUUGUGUUGUUAUGGAAUAUGCAGCAGGAGGAGAUUUACAAGGUAAAAUCACUGCAAACAUCAAAAGCAAGACAAUGUUCCCAGAAAGCGAAGUUUGGAAAGCUUUAAUUCAUAUGUCAAAAGGAUUGCAAAUUCUUCACUAAAUGCAGAUUCUUCAUAGAGAUCUUAAGUGUGCAAAUGUUUUUCUUUCUUUAGAAGGAGUCUACAAGUUAGGUGAUUUAAACGUAUCAAAAGUAGCCAAAAAAGGAUUAGUUUAUACAUAAACAGGAACACCAUAUUAUGCAUCUCCUGAAGUUUGGAGAGACGAACCUUACGAUGUCAAAAGCGAUAUCUGGUCCUUAGGUUGUGUACUUUACGAAAUGUGUGCUCUAAAACCACCUUUUAGGGCUAAUGAUAUGGAAGGACUAUAUAAAAAAGUAUAAAAAGGAGACUUCGAACGUAUACCCAAAAAGUAUUCUGAAGAUUUAUAGAGAAUGUUAACUAUGCUUUUGAAAGUGAAUCCAAAAGACAGACCAAGCUGUGAACAAAUUCUAUCAAAUCCUAUUGUUUAAAGAAAUGGAGGUGAAGAUGCAUAGUAAAGACCACCAUCAAAUAAAAAAUUAGUGAAAAAGUCUUCAAAAGCUGAACUUUUGUAAACAAUUUAACUUCCAAAGAAUUUAGGAUUACUUAAGGGAAAAUUGCCAAAAGCCAAUUAUAAAAAAGCUGAGUCAAUAGAUGAUAUAGAGCUUGAUUAUGAGAAUGAAGAAAAAGAAUAGCUGCAACAAUAGUUAAAAAAGACAAAUAGAAUAGUAAGUGCAGGUGUUCGCCGUACAGAAAAUUAUGUCAAUAAUUUAGGAAAUAGAAAUAAUUUACCUGCUCCUCUAGUUAAAUAGCCAUCUAGUAACGAAGUAAAGCAUCCUCUUUUAGCAAAAGAUAUCACGCCAUUGUAAUAGAAAUAAUAACAAUAAUAUGAAGUACCCAGCAACUACAACCCCUCAAACCUUUCAAAUAAUGCUUCUAAUGUUAAUUAAAAUGGGUAACCCACUGGAAUAAAGCCUAGAGUUUUAGGUAGACCUAUUAGUGGUGUUGUAUAAACGAAAAAUAAUAUUCCUCCAUUGAGUCCUAUCCAAGGUCUUGCUAAAGUAAAGCCUACACUCAGUAGACCAACAUCUGGGGCUAGUAUAAAUUAAAUCAAUGGAGUAAAUUACAAUAAAGACUAUAAUAGCAACAAAGUUAAUGCUGUUAAUGAGCCAAUAAAACCCACUAAUCAGUAUUAUUCUAAUUAACCUUAAUAAAUCGUAAAUAGGAAUUAAAUCAAUAAUGAACCUGUGAUAACCAACAACAACCCAUACAGGAAUGUUGCUGAUAGAUACGAAAUACCCUCAAGCAAUAAUAACUACAACAAUAUAAAUAAUAAUAGAUAUUCUGCUUUAAAUAACAAUGGCGCUUAUUCUAAAAAUUUAACUCCUCAGCAGUAUUUGAUGAAAUAACAAAAUAACUACAAUGAACUAUAUAGCAAAUACUAAAACACACCCUCAUCAGCAAACGCAAAGUAUGAAGAUUUGAAUACAAAAUUAGCUAUGAAGGAGAAAGCCCUCUUAGGUGGAGGAGGAGGAGUGAGUUAAAGUCAUAAUGUGAAUGCGAUUGCAGAUAAAUAUAGUAAUAACAAUAACUAAUACAAUAUUCAAAGAAUAUAUUCAGAAUAAAAUGUCAUGAAUUAUGCAAAACCCUAAAGAAUUUAGUCAUCAAAGCCUUAUGUAAAUAACAACAACAAUUACAAUUAUGACAUUUACUAAAAAGAAAGCAAUAUUCAAUAGCAAUAUAAAUCGCCAUAAUAUGGAUAGUACAACAACAAUAAUAAUAAUAAUAAUUAUAAUGUAGCAAGCAAUAAUAACAACAACAUUGUUAAUAACAGUAAAGCUUAUGACCCAUCUAAUUAUAUGUAUGGAAGAAGACAGUAAAGUGCUAAUAUAAUUGCUUAAGCAAGAAAUUAAGUCUAUGGAAACUAAUAAGCCUAUUAAAUGCCAAUUUAGCCUGUUAAUAACAUUCAACCUGUGAAUAGAUAAGCACCAGUAAGCAGACCUGUUUGGUGGGGUUGA